AUGACGACAUUGCCAAACAUAUCCACACCGGCGAAGGUGACCUUCGGCGCAGAGCUGGAGUUCCUGAUCCCUACACUCGAUCGUGGCGUAGACGAUCCGCACGCGCACGUCAAGGAGCUCACCCCAGUCUUGAGAAUCCCGAACAGGGCGUAUAAAGGUAAGGGCAUGGUCAGCAACAAAGUGAAUGAUCGGGAAGAGUAUGUCCUUGAGCGCGUUAGGAAACUGAUAUCAAAGAACCUCAACAUCACGGUAGGCAACGACGCCUCGAGUCUGAUGCCGGAUGCCGACUUCACUGCUAAAGUCAUUGCAGGAUACCACCAUUGGGCUGUCGACACUGACGGCUCUGUUAAUGAGCCGAAUAUGGAGAAGAACAACUGGGUUGCUGUCGAGGUGCAGAGCCCCGUGGCUUUCGCUUCACCGGAAGCGUUUGACGCCGUCAACCAUGUCGCGUCCCUGAUAUCAGGCGCGUUCCGAUGCAGGGUGAAUGCUUCCUGUGACGUACACGUGCAUGUUGGACAGCGAGAGGAGAGGUUUCCCUUGGAGCUCAUUCGCAGGAUCGGUGCGCUUUCGUUUGCAGCCGAACCGUUAUUGUUCACCCUCCAGAAUCCGUCCCGCAGGGCCAACGUUUACUGCCAAUCCCUGCGUGAGCGUGGUUAUAUCGCGCGAGGUAGGGUCGUGAAGUGCCCGCAUGAUCCGGGUAGGCGAGUCCCGGAGCCAGAUACCACCUGCCUUCAUUACAUCGGUAGAGAGAGAAGGCACGGGGAAGAUAAAAUUUCGACACGGGAGAAGAACAUGGAGGACACGACCAUUGCAGCUUUCGGAGCCACACGUCAGGCAGGGCACUUCGAACCGUUCCAAAACCCUCCCUACCCUGCAUCAGCGGAAUUGGGGCCGACAGUAGAAGCCGAGGUCAGUGACGACGCAACCCUUCGGAUCGAGGAGAACUUCCAACCAUACACAGCAGCUGGGAACAAGCCCACUCGAACCAGGACAAUUCCUCGGAUUCAGAUGCCAACGUAUACCAAGGAGCAGCUCAAAGAUUUUGACGCAGAGAUCGUGGAGUACAGCGUCACGGGCCUGUCGUUCGAAGUCGAUCGGGGUAGUUCCGGGUUCGGUGGCGGUACAAUGGCAGAGCAUGAAUUGGGGGUGUUCGAAGGCACACGUCGGAUAUUCAAUAGCCCCUCGUCGUGUGCCAUUGCGCGUUUGCUUCACCCAGGAGGGCGGCCCAGUAUCAGCUUUUCCGCCUACACUUGCGGUAAGCUAACGGGGGGCCCUGAGGCUGGGAAACGAACCAUUGAAUUCCGACUCGCUGAAGGCACCCUCGACGGUGAGUGGAUUGCGACGUGGUCCAAGAUAUGUGUCGGCUUCGUGCGCUUCGCUAUGCAUGCUUCCGUGGAUGAGUAUGUCGAGGCGCUGAACAACUGUGACCUAGCGUCCAAGCAGCCGGGUAAGUACGACGUGAUCGACUUCAUCGACGACAUUGGCCUGCCUGCUGAAGCCGAAGUUGCGGAAAAGCGUAUCAAAAAUCAUCUGAAAGCUUGGGGGCUCAAAUAUGCGGUUUGA